AUGAAGUCUCUUAACCAUAGCUAUAGCCACUUCGAAGGACAUCAGGAGUGCGGCAUAUCCCUCGAGCAGCUGUACGCUCCGCUCUCUGGAACACCUACGGAUGGAUUCGCUGCUACACCGAAGAUCUGCAAGAAUCGUGCUGUCCUCCUUGAGGCCAUGAGCGGAGGUUGCCACUACCGCUGGUACACCACCGAGGAGAUCUGCAUGAUCCUCGACCGCUUCGACGGCGUUGUCUUCGUCGGCGACGACAUGCUCCACCACAUCUACGCCGCCUUCAACAUUCUCCUGCGAGAGGACUUGGCGCUCGGCGGCCUGGAACACUGGCGGAUGAGCGGGGACGAACUGAAGGUGUGCAGAUGCGACAACCAGUUCACGAGAGCCGCCUGCAAGGGCUUCAUGGUCGGGAGCAGUGAAGGGGUCCAGAAACACAAUACUGAUGGUGGCCGUGGCAGUCCGUAUGCCUGCAACAGGACCCCCCACUUCUUCGUCCCCAUCACCACCUCCCCCGCCCCCACCACCGCCCACGCAGCCCUCACCUCCCUCCUCUCCACGCACCCCACAUCCUACAAGCCCAUCCCCAUUCUCCACGGCCUAGGCCCCAGCAUCUCCUGGUCCACCGCCGCCUCCAGCAUGGACGAAUGGAUCGCCCUCGCCGACGCCUCACGGCGCAACACGCCGAUGCUGUGGAUCGGGCCAACGGCCGCUGGACAUCUGCUGCCGCCGGACAGGAUCAUGAGCCAGGGGAAUAACGCGCUGUGGCAUUAUGCUAUGCAGAUGGGGAAGGAGGCAAGACAGAGGGGCGUCGAGGUGCUGGGGAUGUGGAAUUUGACGGUGCAGGCGAGUAGUUGGGAUGGGGUGGAUUAUGGGGAGGGGGUUGGGGUUGUGCAGGCGAUGAUGAUUAUCAACUGGCUUUCGAGGGUGGAGUCGACGUAG